ACAUCUUUCAAAUCUUCAAAAGAAAAAAAAUUAAGAAGAAAAUAUGUUAAGCUCUCAGUGCUUUGAGAACCCACCGAGCAAAAGCACCGCGGCAGCAAACGGAGGAGGAUCGGUUCAGGAAAUCGGUGGCCUCACUGCUUAUAUCAACGGCCCUCCCGAUUCGAAACUCGCCAUCCUCUUCAUCAACGAUGCUUUCGGAUUUGAAUCCCCAAAUUUGAGGAAACUGGUAGACAAGGUUGCAGCAGCAGGGUACUUUGUGGUGGUUCCUGAUUUCUUCUAUGGCGAUCCUUAUGACCCCAAUAAUCCCGACUUUAACAUACAAGCAUGGCUCAACAAGCAUGAGACGGUGAAAGGACUUGAAAAUGCAAAGGCAGUGAUUGCUGCCCUUAAAAGCAAAGGCGUAUCUGCAGUAGGUGCUACAGGUUAUUGCUGGGGAGGGAUGGUAGCCGUAAAAUUAGCCGGUACCGAUGAGAUCAAGGCCGCGGUGGCGUCGCAUCCCGGCCCUAUAACGGAAGAUGAAAUCAACAAGAUUAAAGUUCCAACUGCUAUAUUGGGAGCUGAGUUUGACAGUAUAUUUCCAGCUGAGAAAUUGAAACAGUUCGAACAGAUGCUGUCGACAAAGUCCGAGUUGGAUAGUAUGGUGAAAAUUUUCCCUGGUGUUGGACAUGGAUGGACAAUGAGGUACAAUGAUGAGGAUGAAUCAGCUGUAAAGAGUGCCCAAGAGGCUCAUGAUGAUAUGUUUAAUUGGCUUAGUAAGUAUGUCAAGUAAAAUAAUAA